AUGCAGCCCAUGGCAGCAGCAAACCUUGUCUAUGCUUCGUUGCUUGUGCCGACGGCGACGGUGCUAUACCUCGCCAUCAGCCGGCGGCGCCGCAGCCGCUUGCCACCCGGACCGGCGGGACUCCCGCUCGUCGGCAGCCUCCCUUUCAUCGACCCGAACUUGCACACCUACUUCGCUGGACUCGCCGAGAAGCACGGGCCUAUCCUCUCCAUCCGCCUCGGCUCCAAGGUGGACAUCGUCGUCAAUUCCGCUCAGCUGGCCCGAGAGGUGCUCCGUGACCAGGACUCCGUCUUCGCCAACCGGGUCAUGCCGGACGCCGGCGACGCGGUCGCCUUCGGUGGCGUGCGGAACAUCGUGGGCAACCCGGUCGGGCCCAUGUGGCGCCUGCUCCGCCGCGUCUGUGUCCAGGAGAUGAUGAGCCCCGCGGGGCUCGCCGGUGUGCACAGCCUCCGCCGGCGCGAGUUCAGGUCCACCCUCCGGUACCUCCACUCGAAGUCCGGCGAGCCGGUGGACAUCGGCGAGCAGAUGUUUCUGAACACUAUGAACGUGAUCACGGGUACCAUGUGGGGAGGCACCAUCGGGAGCGAGAGCGAGAGGGCGGCGGUGGGGAGCGAGUUCAGGGGCCUCGUCGCGGAGGUCACCGAGCUCCUCGGGACGCCCAACGUCUCGGACCUGUUUCCGGCGCUGAAGCCGUUCGAUCUGCAGGGUAUCAGGAGGAAGAUGGAGCGGCUCAGAUCACGGUUCGACGUGUUGUUCACCAAGAUCAUACAGCAGAGGAUGAAAUCCCAGCAGGAUGGUGGCGAGACGACGACGGACUUCUUGGAAUGCUUACUCAAGAUGGAGAAGGAAGGCGGCGACGGCAAGACCCAAUUUACCAUGAACAACGUUAAGGGCUUCCUCUUGGAGAUGGUGGUCGGCGGGACGGACACUACGUCGAACUCUGUGGAGUGGAUCAUGGCGGAGUUGCUGCACAACCCUCAGGCGAUGGACAACGUGCAGCAAGAACUCGACAGCGUCGUUGGCCGGGACGCCGUAGUGGAGGAGUCCCACCUCCCGCACCUCCACUACCUCCGCAUGGUGAUCAAGGAGACGCUCCGGCUGCACCCGCCGGUGCCGCUGUUGGUGCCACACAGCCCGAGCGCCGCCUCGACGGUCGGCGGCUACCACGUCCCCGAGGGCUGCCGCGUGUUCAUCAACGUGUGGGCGAUCCAGCGGAACCCACUGGUCUGGAACGAGCCGCUAGAUUUCAACCCGGAGAGGUUCGCCAGGGACGGCGGCCACAAGGGGGACUUCGCCGGCAGCCAGCUGGACUACCUCCCGUUCGGGUCCGGCCGGAGGAUCUGCGCCGGGAUGGCACUGGCGGAUAAGCUGACGGCGUACUCGGUCGCCAUGCUGCUGCAGGCGUUCGACUGGAAAAUGCCGCAGGGCGCGCAGGUCGACCUGUCCGAGAAGUUUGGGAUCGUGAUGAAGAAGGCCACGCCGCUGGUGGCAAUACCGACACCGAGGUUGUCCAAGCCUGAGCUUUAUUAUUCGUGAAGUAACCUGA